AUGAGAGAAAUUAUUCACCUAUCGACGGGGCAAUGUGGUAACCAGAUUGGAGCGGCUUUCUGGGAGACGAUCUGCGGGGAGCACGGGUUGGACUUCAAUGGGACGUACUCGGGGACCGAUGAACUCCAGCGGGCGCGGCUAAAUGUGUACUUCAACGAGGCGUCGUCAGGCAAAUGGGUGCCGCGGUCGGUGAACGUGGACUUGGAGCCGGGCACGAUCGACACGGUGCGGAACUCAAACAUCGGGAACUUGUUCCGGCCGGACAACUACAUUUUCGGGCAGUCGUCUGCGGGCAACGUGUGGGCCAAGGGACAUUACACGGAGGGUGCGGAACUCGUCGACUCGGUAAUGGACGUGAUCAGACGCGAGGCGGAGGGUUGCGACUCGUUGCAGGGCUUCCAGAUCACGCACUCCUUGGGUGGGGGUACCGGCUCCGGCAUGGGCACCUUGUUGAUCUCCAAGAUCAGAGAGGAGUUCCCGGACCGGAUGAUGGCCACGUUCUCCGUUGUGCCUUCGCCAAAGACCUCGGAUACUGUUGUGGAGCCAUACAAUGCCACUUUGUCUGUGCACCAGUUGGUUGAGCACUCGGACGAGACCUUCUGUAUUGACAACGAGGCACUAUACGACAUCUGCCAACGGACCUUGAAGUUGCCACAACCUUCCUACUCUGACUUAAACAACUUAGUCUCCUCCGUGAUGUCGGGUGUCACCACCUCGCUACGUUACCCAGGUCAGUUGAACUCUGAUCUACGUAAGUUGGCCGUCAACUUGGUUCCAUUCCCACGUCUACAUUUCUUCAUGGUCGGCUAUGCACCAUUGACCUCCAUUGGUGCGCAGUCGUUCCGUGCGCUAACCGUCCCAGAGUUGACGCAGCAGAUGUUUGACGCCAGAAACAUGAUGGCCGCGUCCGACCCUAGAAACGGCAGGUACUUGACAGUCGCGGCCUUCUUCAGAGGUAAAGUAUCGGUGAAGGAAGUCGAAGAUGAGAUGCACAAGGUCCAAACGAGAAAUUCGUCCUACUUUGUUGAGUGGAUUCCAAACAACGUCCAGACGGCAGUAUGUUCUGUCCCACCACAGGGCUUGGACAUGUCCGCUACCUUCAUUGGUAACUCCACCUCCAUCCAGGAGUUGUUCAAGAGAGUCGGUGACCAGUUCGGUGCGAUGUUCAAGAGAAAGGCUUUCUUGCACUGGUACACUAGUGAGGGUAUGGAUGAGAUGGAGUUCUCGGAAGCUGAGUCCAACAUGAACGACCUCGUGAGCGAGUACCAGCAGUACCAAGAAGCUACUGUCGAGGAUGACGAAGAAUUGAAUUAUGGGGAUGAACAGCCAAUGGUCGAAAACUUCGAAUAG